CUAGAUAAAGAAAUAACAAAAGCAUUGUCUCCUUAGUCCUUAGAGUCUGAUUUAGUCUCCAUUCUCAUCCCAAAUCUCUUCCAUUGUCAAUGCCAUCUGCUGCUUUUUAGCUCAGUUCUUGUCCCCAUAAGGUCUCUCGAGUUCAUGUUUUCCUGAUACUGGUAGGUGGGGCUGCUCAACAUCUUUUUGUCAGCAUUUUCUGGCUAGCUAGUCCCACAAGGCUGACAAAAAGAGAUGCAGCCAAUAAUGGCCAAGACCUCCCAUGACUCUUCUUUCUCUUUCUCUAGAAGAUACUUCAACUGGAGGAAGAAAGUUGAGGAUGAAGAUGACAUGGAAGAGAACUUAACUUUCAGCUCCUCUUCACAUUUCUCUUAUGAGGAUGACAGAGCAGAGGAGUUUAGUAUUCCAAUAUCCACACACACUCCUUCAGUGCCAGCACCAAAGAAAAAACAUCAACUUAUGGCAGUCUCUAAGCUCCGAUCCGCUCUUACUGUAUUCAGCAGGAGCCGAUCAGGCAAUCGAUCCAGUGUCCGCACUCGAAUGAUUGGCACCCUUUUCGGGUAUCGACGGGGUCAUGUCCACCUUGCUUUUCAAGAGGAUCCAAGGCUACCUCCAGCAUUCUUUAUUGAAAUUGCAACACCAACAAGUGUACUUGUUAGAGAAAUGGCUUCUGGGUUGGUGAGAAUUGCAUUGGAGUGUGAAAAGAAGUUGGAAAAGAAAGGGCUGAAGCUGCUGGAGGAGCCAAUAUGGAGGACUUACUGCAAUGGAAAGAAAUGUGGGUACGCGACCAGGCGCGAAUGUGAGGCAACAGAGUGGAAGGUGUUGAAAGCGGUGGAGCCAAUUUCAAUGGGUGCUGGUGUUUUGCCAGGAAAGGAUGGGGAUGGAGUAGGUUCUGAAGGGGAGCUCAUGUACAUGAGAGCAAAGUUUGAGAGAGUUGUUGGUUCUAAAUAUUCAGAGGCCUUUUACAUGAUGAAUCCUGAUGGAUCAGGAGGUCCUGAACUCAGUGUUUAUUUGCUUAGAGUUUAAAACUUGUGCUUUAAUGUUUCUGGUGUUGGUUUCUUUGAGCAAAUGAAUGGACUUCAGGGUCAGAUUUCUCUCCUGUAUUGUGUUCUUUGAGUAAUUCAUUUCCUUCAUUUGGGGACUAGUUUAAUCCCUUUUGGGCUGUUGAGAUGAAACAACAAAGGUAGAGCAUGGAUGGUCGAUGGUUGGUGGUGAGGUUAUGGUUAU